UUGAUAAUUUAUUUUCAGCAGCCAGUUGUUGAUUAUUCUAACUUAGAAGCAAAGAUAGAACAUUUGGAGAAACUGCUUGCACGAAGUAAUGAUCACAUCAUUAGACUGAGGAAUGAAGUUGCCGAAGCGAACGAAAAUUACAAAGCUGCGGUUUCUAAACUGACUGAUACGAAGGGCGAACAACGCACAUCGGAUGAGGAUCAGGAAAAAAUUGAUCCCAUCCCUGUACUCGUUUUUGUUUGUAAUCGUCCUCGUGCACUUAAGCAACACGUUGAUAAACUGUUAAAUUUAGUAAUUUUUAGGUAUAGACCAAAUGCGGAAAAUUAUCCUAUUAUUAUUAGUCAAGACUGUGACAAUAAUGAAGUUGCUGAGAUAGCUCAAGGUUACGGUUCCUCUGUGCAGUACAUCAAACAUCUCAGUGGAGACAAAGCAAAUAUUACAGUUGCUUCUGGACACCAGCGAUAUUUAACAUAUUAUAUGAUAGCUCGUCAUUAUAAAUUGGGUCUCACUCAUGUAUUUAAUCGUUUAAAUUACAGUAGCGUGAUAAUUACAGAAGAUGACCUCGAUAUUGCUCCUGACUUUUUCGAGUACUUUCGUGCAACGCGUAGACUACUGGACAAGGACCCAACGCUUUAUUGCGUUUCUGCUUGGAACGACAACGGUAAAUCAAAUUUAAUUGACAGUGAUGCGACUGAUUUGUUAUAUCGGAGUGACUUCUUUCCGGGGCUUGGUUGGAUGAUGACAAAAACUUUAUGGGAUGAAUUAGGACCGAUUUGGCCCAACGGUUUCUGGGAUGAUUGGAUUCGAGAUCCAUUGAGGAGAAAAAACAGAGCAUGUAUUCGUCCAGAAAUUUCUAGAACAGCUAUGACUAAAGAGGGCAGGAAAGGAGCCAGCAAAGGUCUUUUUUUCACAAAACAUCUCGCAAAAAUCCAGUUAAACACUCAGCCUGCGAAUUUCAGUGGAAGGAGUAUGGAAUAUUUAAUCAAGAAAAAUUAUGACGAACCGUUUUUGGAUAGUGUAUAUUCUGCCUCUGUGACUAACCUUCCAUCACUCCGACGAUUGAUUUUGGAGGCCAGUCCAGGAGAUUAUAGAAUAGAGUAUACUACUCUCUCUGAUUAUCUUUCUAUAGCCGACAGUUUGCAGAUCAUGAGAGAUUUCAAGGCGGGAGUUCCUAGAACCGCAUAUUUUGGCAUAGUCACUUGUUUUAUAAACAGAAUGCGAAUUUAUGUGGCUCCUGAUCGCUUUACCUGGAGUGGCUAUAAUCAAAGUUGGGAAGCACCGGACAAUCCGCAUGAUUUAGCUCAGCUAUAG